GCAAGCCUCAUUAAUCACCUUUAACACAAACUCAUUCGCUCUCCCUCUCGUCUAUAAAUACUUGUAUGUAGCCACAGACAAGCUCGCCAACAUUCUCUCGGUGUUUAAAUUAAUAAUAUAAAUAAUGCUUAAACAAAAACAACUUAAUCUCUUCUUCUUCUCUCCUGCUCUCUUCCUCCUCCUCCUCCUCUUCUUCAAUGUCAAUUUCUCGGCUUCUUCCAGUGAAAUUAUUGCCAAACAAAAUCCUUUCACACCGAAAGCUUAUCUGCUUAGAUACUGGGACAAAGAGAUCCACACCAAUUUACCAAAAUCUACCUUUCUUCUCUCUAAGGCUUCUCCUUUAAAUGCUGUCGACUCCUCUCAUUUUGCCAAACUAGCUGCUCACAACACUCUCUCUUCCGUCCUUCCGUCCUUUUGCUCUGCCGCUAAACUCUUCUGUUUCCCCGAUUUAUCUCCCAGUCUCGAGAAGCAUGACACUGGCGCCAACUUUGCUGUUUAUUCCGACAAGAACUUUACCAAUUACGGUACGCUUCGUCCUGGUGGAGUUGACUCCUUUAAGAACUACUCCGAUGGAGAGAAUCUUCCGGUCGACUCGUUCCGUCGAUACAGCCGGGAUUCAAGUGGUCAUGAGGAUCGAUUUUCUGGUUAUGCACUGUACGCCAAUGUUGCAGACCAGAGCUUCAACACCUACGGAACCGGCGCCACCGGUAGCAGCGGUGAUUUUAGCAGCUACGGCGGGGAUGUCAAUGUCCCUAAUCUCCGAUUCACUACUUACUCCGCCGAUGCAGUCGGCCGGACCAAUAAGUUCACCGCAUACACCGACAACGCUAACGCAGGCAAUCAGGACUUCACCGCUUAUGGAAAGAAGUCCAGCGGAUCCCCCAAUGUAUUUUCCAGUUACGGAAAAGGAUCAAAUGCAAUGGGUUCGGGUUUUUCGGGUUACGGCGAGCGAGGCAAUGGGGCUAAUGACACUUUCAUUUCUUACGGUGACGAAGGCAAUGUUCCGACCAAUAGGUUUAACAAUUAUGGCGACGGCGGCAAUGCCGCAGUGGAAAGUUUCUCCAGUUACAGAGACGAAUCCAAUGUCGGUGAGGAUUCGUUUCAAUCUUACGCCAAGAAUUCAAAUUCUGCAAAAGUCAAAUUUUCGAAUUAUGGCAAGUCGUUUAAUGAAGGUACAGACAUCUUUAAAGGAUAUGGCAAGGGCGCUAAAGGCCAAGCGGUUGGAUUCAAGACGUAUGGAGUUAACAACACUUUCAAAGAUUACGCCAAAACUGGUGUGACUUUUGCCAAGUACAACAAUGGUAGCUCUUCAACUUCUCCUAAAAUGGCAGUCACCAGUGGCAGUUUGGUAAAUAGAUGGGUGGAGCCAGGCAAAUUCUUUAGAGAGUCCAUGCUGAAGAAAGGGACUGUAAUGCCAAUGCCGGACAUCAAAGAUAAAAUGCCCAAAAGGUCCUUUUUGCCCCGAACCAUUGUUUCGAAAUUACCAUUUUCCAGUUCUAAAAUCUCACGGUUGAAGCAUAUCUUCCACGCCACUUAUAAUUCCGCCAUGGAGACGAUAAUUAAGGACGCUUUGAGCGAAUGCGAGAGGGCUCCCAGCUCCGGCGAGACCAAGCGAUGUGUAGGUUCGGUUGAGGACAUGAUCGACUUCGCAACCUCAAUCUUAGGCCGCAACGUGGUGGUCCGAACGACGGAGAACUUGAAUGGAUCGAAGAAGAAGAUAAUGAUAGGAUCAGUCAAAGGAAUCAACGGUGGUAAAAUUACUAAAUCAGUGUCUUGUCACCAGAGUUUGUUCCCUUAUUUGCUUUAUUACUGCCACUCUGUUCCAAAAGUUCGGGUGUACGAAGCUGGCAUCCUAGAUCCCAACUUCAAGGCAAAGAUCAACCAAGGCGUUGCCAUCUGUCAUUUGGAUACGUCGGCGUGGAGCCCCACCCAUGGAGCAUUCUUAGCUCUGGGUUCGGGUCCGGGUCGAAUUGAGGUUUGCCAUUGGAUUUUUGAGAACGAUAUGACUUGGACCACUGCUGAUUAAAGUGGGUUAUAUUGUAGUCGUCUGGGUCAUCUGGGUUCCAGCCGUUUGUUAAGAUAAACUUAGCUGAUGACGGCUCCUCCUCAUUUGGCUCUUCUAUUUCAUGAAAAUAGAGUUUGCUUAUAUGCAAUUAAACUCCAUUCAAACGCAACAAUAACCAAGCAGCCAAAGGAGGACAGAGGGUGAAUUGAUUUGAAUCUUAAAUUCUUAAAGAAAUAAACCGAUGAACUAAAACUGAAUUU